AUGGCAGUUCCAAAAAAACGUACUUCUAUAUCUAAAAAACGUAUUCGUAAAAAUAUUUGGAAAAGGAAAGGAUAUUGGACAGCGUUAAAAGCCUUUUCCUUAGGAAAAUCCCUUUCAACUGGAAAUUCAAAAAGUUUUUUUGCGCAAUAA